AUGGACGACCCAAGAACAAAAAACCUGUAUGAGGAAGAAGGAGCAAAUUUUCAAAGUAAAUUUUCUAAGAAAAGAAAAACAAAUAGGGAGGACUCUGUAAAAUCAAAAAAUAUUCAAAAUGAAAUUAGUCUUAACGAUGUAAAGUUGGCAAUAGAAUCUCGUAAUCCAACACAGAUAAUUAGCCAAAUUCAGAUACCUUCAACGUUUACCAAAAAAAGAAAAAGAAAUCAAUUUCAAGUUUCAGAAAAUAGCUAUAAUCUUGAGAAUAACGAACAUAACAAUGAUCACUUUGAGGAUAAUCACUUUGAAAAUAACAAACAUAACGAUAAUCACUUUGAGAAUAACAAACAUAACAAUGAUCACUUUGAGGAUAAUCAUUUUGAGAAUAACGAACAUAACGAUGAUUACUUUGAGGAUAAUCGUUUUGAGAAUAACAAACAUAAUAAUGAAUACUUUAAGGAUAAUCGCUUUGAGAAUAACAAACAUAAUGAUGAUCACUUUGAGGAUAAUCGUAACAAACAUAGUGAUGAUCACUUUGAGGAUAAUCACUUUGGGAAUAAUGAAUUAGAGUUUUUAGAUAAUAGCAAUAGAAUAAUAGAAAAUGACGAUGAAAUAUUAAUGUCUUCAGACGAUUAUGAAGACAUUGAAGAUGUAGAAAGUAUCCCAACUAAUCCCUUUCAAGCUCCUAAAAUUAAUUUUAAUGAAUUCAUUCCUGAACUCAAUGCAAAUAUCGAUGAUUUAUUAUAA